AUGGGACAAGCUCCAAGCAACGGCAGUUGCUGCUCUCCGUGCGAGCCGAGCCAGCAGCCAGCCGUAGAGCAAGUCACGCACCGCCCUGCCUCUGUGUUUCAGGAGUCCGCCGAUGCCGGCCUGCAGGACAUAGAGCCUGAGGAAAUGCCCAUGGACGUCCACCGCUCGACCAAAACACUGGACCUCACCCUAACAAACCGCCAGCUUCUGCGGGGGAUCCCUUUCUGCCAGACACUCUGGCGUGGUGGCCGUGUCUGGAGGCACCCGCCCGACGCGCUGACCCUCUCGGAGCGCUCUCAGCUCUAUUCUUCCUCCAGGCCGGUGGAAGGACUGGACCGGUUCCUCUCUCACACUUGGCUGACGCCGGGAUGGCGAAAGGUCCUGUCUUUGCUCCUCAGCAGCGGCUGGCCUUGCAUGCUUACCGGUUGGGUGUUGGGAAUGAUCGUGCCGAUGGUGCUCUGCAUGCUGGAUGUGCUGCCUCUCACCUUCGAAACGAAAGGCACAGCGAUCGGAUUCUCGGGCGUCAUUCCAAUGAGCUACUGGGUCUCACUCUUCGGGACCUCAACGGCAUUGGUGGGAUUGGUGAUCUCUCCCUAUCUGCCGUGCCGAAAGCGAGACAUGUGCUUUCUUGAUGUGGCAUGCAUCCACCAGGGGGACCAAAACCUGAUGCAGCAGGGCAUCAACAACCUUGGAACUUUUCUGGAAGCGUCCGAGGAGUUGCACGUGCUUUGGGACACGCCAUUGUUCUCGCGCCUCUGGUGUGUCUUUGAACUAGCGGCCUUUAGCAAGCUGAAACCGAAGGGUAAGAUCACGAUAGCCCCGAUCUACGUGGAGGCAGUAGCUUCUCAGCUUUUCUUCAUUCUCGUGGCCGUAAACAGCCUAGCGCUACUCCUGAGAAUUGGAGUUGCAAGCCGAGAGUUUAUGCUGCUUGCCUUGGCCUUCUGCGCCUUAAUUUUGGCUCCGUUGCUGCAUUCCUUGCGGGGCAAGUGCCGCUGGAAAAUGGAGCUGGACGACGUUCUGGCGAACUUCGAUGUCUUCAAUGUCGACUGCACCGUGGAGGUUGACAAGGCCAACAUCCACGCGGCCAUUGAGCGGUGGUACAGCAGCCUCCCCGCGUUUUCCGAGUUCGUCCAGGGCCUCUUCCGUGCAAGGGCACGGGAGCUGACCCGAACCCCUGGCCGUAUGCCCAUGGGCUACAUCUACAUGCUUGCAGCCCCUAGCGCCAACUUUUCCCUCGAUGUCUGGCUCGGCCUCUGGAAGGCAGGGGCUCCCUCCGAUGGCCUAGCGGCCUGGUUGGUG